ACGAGGAUAAAUACAGAAUUUAGGAGUUCCUCUCAAUACUCACUCUAUAUAAUUGAGGUAAAACAUGCCAGGCUAAUUAUUUUUCUGGCUUUGUACAAACAUAAUUUAUUUCUUUAUUGUUUUUUCUUAUAAGUUGAUGUAUGGGGGUAGAUGAUAUAAAAAUCUCAUAGUCAAUACAUUCACAUCUGUAAUGGACAUAAUAGAAUAUGUCCUGAUACUUAAACAAAUUUUAGGGAGUUAUAAUUAAAAGUUUUUUUUUUUUUUUUUUUUGUUAAUUUUUUUAAUUAAUCAUCCUUUUCUAUAAUUAAUAUGAAUGACUUUCAAAAAGUUGGAAAUGCAAGUUGAUGUUUAUAGCACUGGUAAAGAAACCUGUUUAUUGCACUUAAUCUUUAAUCAAAGAUAUAACUACAGUCUAAAAAAUCAACUCAAAGGCAGGGGUUAUUAGAUGUUAUGGUUAUUAGAUCAAGUAGGGGUUAUUUUCUGAAACAUUCAAUUUGACGGAAACAUAAUUUUUGACCGAUACAUAAUUUACAGGCUUUAAUCUUUUGGAAUUUUCAAAAUGUUUUGUUGAGUUUAAGAUAUUUUUAUUCUUUUUAACACAUAUUUUAAGUAUAAGGUUUUUAAAUUUUUAAAUCUGCUCUAAAACAGGUCAUUUCAUUGUUUUUUUUUUUAUCAACAGUAUGAAGCUCUCUAUUUUACUGAUGAGGGUAAAUCUGUGAUACGAUCAGGUGAGGUCAUGAGAAGAUACAGGGAAUUCACCAACCUCCACUCAAGACUUGAGCGACAUCAGGCCUAUAAAAAAUACCUUAAAAGUAAGUGUUGAGGAUUAUUGGAAUAUGGAGGGGGGGGUGGGGGAGUUGCCAUCAUCGAGGUCAGUGACUAUGGUCAGGGAACAUGCCUGUCAGUUACUAAAAUAUUUUAAAUAAAAUUAUUUCAUAGUUAUAGUUUAUGCCAUACUAAUAUCAGGAAACUUCUUGUUUUUAUGUCUUAGGUCAGGUGUGGGCAAACUACGGCCCACAGGCCGCAUGCGGCCUGGCAACUGAUAUUAUGCGGCCCUCUGUGGCAUUUUAGAAAUUUAAAAAUUUAAAAAAUUACUUUGUUUUAAAAUAUUUUGUUGAAUUUUACAGAAUUUCAUGUUCCAUUAGGAUUGUUUUAACAUUUUUGAUCAAAUUUGUUUCUAAUUUUCAAUUUUUUUAAACAGUCCUUGACUUUUGACAUGUAAUGUUAAAAUGCAAAGUUACCGAUUUUAAUAUAGAGAAAUGUUUAUCAACAUGCAAAAAUUUGACAUAAUAUACAUGCGGCCCCCCAAUAGCUUUACAUUUGUCAAUGUGGCCUCCCUACAAAAAGCUUGACUACCCCUGUCUUAGGUAAACAAUGCUUGGUUACACCAUUGCACUUUUUUCAUAAUUGCCUUGAAUUGCUGGUAAGAUUCCAUCAUUCAACAUUUUUCUAUUUAUAAAACUAUGUAUUUUUUUUCACUUUGGCCCAGUUUUCUCUUAAAACUAUUAUCAAAAGAGGUUGUAUUAUCUUAUACCUUGGAAUUCUCUUCUCGAAUAAUAUAAAUUGGUCACCCCAUGUAAACAAAAUUUAAAAAAAAGCCUACUCCACACUUGGUUUCAUUCGAGGAAAUCUGCGCCACUGGCCAGCAUCCUGCAAACAAAAUGCCUAUCUUGCACUCGUCCCCCCGCUACUAGAAUAUGGUGCAAUCAUCUAGGACCCAUGCCUAAAGCACAACGUGGACAAGAUGGAGGGAAUACAACGUAUGCAGUGCGCUUCAUCGCAAGUGACUACAAAUCCACCACUCCUGGCUUUGUCACUGACCUCAAUAAAAGAUUUGACAUCCCCUCCCUCAAAGCUCUGUCUAAUAUUCCUAUAUAAAGUGGUCAUGGGGCUAGUGCCAGCCAUCCCAGCUAACAUGUAUCAUACCCCACAGAAGCCAGGUGGCUUAAUCAGAGCCAAACGCUCAAUAAACACUGACUUCACCUCUGACAACUCCAUGAACAGCUACGUCCAGAAAAAUAGUAAAUGCUUCACUGUGCCUCGGUGUAACACAGCCCAAUAUAAACAAUCAUUCUUCCCACGAAAAAUAAUUGCUUGGAAUCAACUAGACAAUGCCGCCGUGGACUCAACAUCAAUCGAGAGUUUCAAGGUUGCCCUGGCACCCGCUAGGAGCCGUUAGGAUAGCCGCAUCGUUUCUCAAACCGUUGCACAUAUGCCAGUACAUGGAUGCAGCAACGUACUCAGAAUCAGACUCAAUCUUGUUAUGUUUACAACUUUUUAAGGUUAAUACAGGGUAAAUCUGGAUUUAAUCUCAGGAAAGUUUAGAGAUUUAGAGCAGUAGUUUUUGCCUAUUUUUAGCUUACAAAAAGAAUUAAGGUAUCUAAAUUAGCCCCACUUAUCUGCAUGUCUUAACUGUGGAUGUAAAAAUGAUCAUUCGCUUCAUGUUUCUCUGAAAUGGGAUUAUCAAUGUUUAAGAGUUUUCAUUACACUCAAAUUAAAGCUGUCAUCAAUGUAUUUUACUGCACAUAUUCAAGGAGUUAAAAUAUGACAUCAGGGUGUUAUUUAUAUUCAAAGAUGUGUGCCAGGUUGGAAAACGACAUCCUGGCUUAAUGAUGCUAUGGCUGAAAUAAGUUUCACUUUCUAACUUUGUCACCUCAUAAUCAGACAUCAAGGGACCAAAAGGUUGGUUAACAUUGCCUUUCAAGUCUAUGGACAAAGAUACUGUCGAG